AUGGGACACCUGCGGCUGGUCGUCUUGGGCCUCACCUGCUGCUUGGCAGUAGUGAACGGGGCAAAGCUGGGCUCGGUGUACACAGAAGGGGGCUUCGUGGAAGGCGUCAACAAGAAGCUCGGCCUCUUUGGCGACUAUGUGGACAUCUUCAAGGGCAUCCCGUUCGCUGCCCCCCCCAAGACCCUGGAGAACCCCCAGAGACACCCCGGCUGGCAAGGGAUCCUGAAGGCCACGGGCUUCAAGAAGCGAUGCCUGCAGACCACCAUCACCCAGGACAACACCCUCGGGGCAGAAGACUGCCUCUACCUCAACAUCUGGGUCCCCCAGGGCAAGAAGGAAGUGUCCCGGGACCUGCCGGUCAUGAUCUGGAUCUAUGGAGGUGCCUUCCUCAUGGGGUCCGGCCAUGGGGCCAACUUUCUCAGCAACUACCUGUACGAUGGGGAGGAGUUAGCCACACGGGGCAACGUCAUCGUGGUCACCUUCGACUACCGUGUCGGAACCCUGGGCUUCCUCAGCACCGGGGACCCCAACCUGCCAGGUAACUACGGCCUUCGAGACCAGCACAUGGCCAUCGCGUGGGUGAAGCGGAACAUUGCGGCCUUCGGGGGGGACCCCGACAACAUCACCAUCUUUGGGGAAUCAGCUGGAGGUGCCAGCGUCUCUCUGCAGACCCUCUCUCCCUACAACAAGGGCCUCAUCCGGCGAGCCAUCAGCCAGAGCGGCGUGGGGCUGAGCCCCUGGGCCAUCCAGAAGAACCCUCUCUUCUGGGCCAAAAGGAUCGCCCAGAAGGUGGGCUGCCCCGUGGACGAUACUGCCAGGAUGGCCAGGUGUCUGAAGAUCACCGACCCGCGGGCCCUGACGCUGGCCUAUAAGAUACCCCUGGCGAGCUUGGAGUACCCCGUAGUCCAGUAUUUGGGCUUGACCCCCGUCAUUGAUGGAGACUUCAUCCCCGACGACCCCGUCAACCUGUACGCCAACGCGGCCGACAUCGACUACAUCGCUGGCACCAACAACAUAGACAGCCACCUCUUUGCCAGCAUUGACGUGCCGGCCAUCAACAAGAAGAAGCAGCCUGUCACGGAGGAGGACUUCUUCAAGCUGGUCAGUGGACUCACCAUCGCCAAGGGACUCAGGGGCGCCAACGCCACCUUCGACUUCUACACGGCCCCGUGGGCCAACGACUCGUCUCAGGAGGUCAGGAAGAAGACCGUGGUGGACUUAGAGACCGACAUCCUCUUCCUGAUGUCCACGGAGAUCGCCCUGGCCCAGCACAGAGCCAAUGCCAAGAGCGCCAAGACCUACAGCUACCUGUUCUCGUAUCCCGCUCCGAUGCUUCUGCACCCCAGCUGGGUGGGGGCCGACCACGGCAACGACAUCCCGUAUGUCUUUGGGAAGCCCUUUGCCACCCCGCUGGGCUACGGGGCCCAGGACAGGGCUGUCUCCAAGACCGUGAUCGCCUACUGGACCAACUUUGCCAGAAACGGGGACCCUAACAUGGGCCACUUGUCCGUGCCCACGCGCUGGGAACCCUACACCCUGGAAAGCGGCAACUACCUGGAGAUCAAGAAGAUGAACGACAUUUCCGUGAAACAGCACCUCAGGACCAGCUACCUGCGCUACUGGACACUGACCUACCAGGCACUGCCCACGGUGAACGGAGAGGGGGCCACCCCCACGCCCCCCACAAACGACUCCGAUGUCACCCCCGCGACACCCACAGACGACUCUGAAGUCACCCCCGCGCCCUCCCCAGAUGACUCCGAGGCCUCCCCAGCGCCCCCCACCCGUGACUCUGACGCUGCACCUGUGCCCACCACAGGUGACUCUGAGGGGGCUCAGAUGCCUGUAGUCAUUGGCUUCUAA